AUGUUUCUUUCUUCUCCACCUUCAUCUUCUAGUCAAAAUUUAAAGUGUGAAAAAAGUCCUAUACGUUACAUAAAGUUCAGUUCCUUGGCCAUUUUACCGCAAAAAGGAAGUUAUGGAGCAGCUGGAUUCGAUCUUUUCUCUGCUGAGUGUAUGACGAUUCCACCUGGACAAAGACGUUUAGUUUCAACAGACAUUGGCAUUGAUUUCACCACGAAUUUAGACUAUUUUGGACGUUUAGCUGCACGAUCGAACUUAGCCAUACUAGGGAUCGACGUUGGUGCUGGUAUAAUCGAUUCGGAUUAUCAAGGUAUUAUUAAAGUCUUGAUUAUUAAUAACUCUGCUUUGCCUUUUACAAUUAAGUUAGCAGAUCGUUUUGCGCAAAUUAUAUUUUGUAAAAUAUGGCCGUGUCUGGGAUUGAAAGAAUACGACAAAAGCUAUGACGAACUCAACACCAUUUUCCCUAUUGAACUCGAAAAUGAUACCGACGAAAAAAGCAUCUUGGUAUCACGAAAGGCUAGAUACAUUAAGCUACCUGAGUUGGCUAGUAAAAACGCUGCUUCUUAUAAUCUUUUCGCACCAAAAGAUAUAAUUUUAGAACCUUCAAUUCGUACUAUAGUUUGGACUGGAAUAAGCUUUGACUUUAGACCAAAUGCUUAUGGAUUUAUCACAGGAAGACGAUCGUUUACAAUUGAUGGAAUUGAUACGUCAGAAAAUGUUGUGGAAAAUAGUUUAUUCAAAGAGCUGAAAUUACAUCUGACUAACACGACUAAGACGCCUGUUUUGAUAAGUGCUGGUGAGAGGAUAGCUAGAGUCACAUUUUGCGAAGUAUAUAAUGCUUAUGAGCUUUCUUCUUGUGAUCUAUUUUUGCUGAAAACUGGAAGAGGAACCGCAGGAUUUGGUUCAACUGGAAUAAAUUAA